CAUGACUUCAUCGAGCUCAAACUUCCGAAACCACACCGGACUCGGAACCAAUCACGAAAACAAAUAAAAGGUCAAGAGGCUCCUAUCAUAUGAGGAAUAGUCACAAAACGUUUCUGUCAAGAAUAUCUUCUGCCACCAUCGUUACUCAACCAUGUCAAACACACAAACAUCGCAAAGACACACUCUCUCGGGAAAUAGUAACUUGCGCAACACAGACUAUACUGAUCCUGCGGCGCAGGUGAACCAAGGCAUCAUCGACGGCAGACCUGAAGGUCAGCAGCCACGCGCAGCGCCUGUUACCCUUGAUACUUAUGUUGACGAGGACGCGUCGGCUAAUACACCUCCUGUGACUCGGGCUUCAGAUACGCUGGUUGGAGCUACCUCAGCUGACGUCCACGACGGUCUUGGCCAUCCCGGUCAGGGGAUGUCGAGUAAGGAGUUGAGACAUGAUGGUCAGCCAGGGCGGAAGCGGCAUGGGCAGGGGACGGAUCAAUUUGGUCAGGGGACGGCAGGAGAUAGUUUCAAGAAGUUGGACGGUGCAAGUGAGCGUAGAUUUGUUGCCGCAGAGUCUGACCUUAGGGGAGAGUGAUCGUCAUCAAUUUUCUUAUAGAACCUUCUAU